CCACACACACAUAGUAUACAUAUUACACAUAUAUACAUACACACAGAUGUCUCGUGUUGCAUGAAUUGUAUCUCCGAAGGUCGGGUACCUUAACAUGUUUUUUUUACAGAGUUUUGUUUUGAGAAUUGUUAUCGAUCGUUCUGAACUGAAAGACGCGAAAGUAGUACGGCUUCCUUGUUCAAAUUUCUUGCUGUAACACAUACCCCUUGAACAUGUUAAAGCAUAAAUUGCCGAAGGACUGGAUUAUUGGCAAUUCGAAAAGUCAUCCGGACAGAGUAUACUAUUUCAAUGUGAAAACAAAUCAGUCUUCGUGGGUUCAACCAACCGACAAGACCAAGACGUCUUCAGAAACUAAUCGUAAAGUUCACGAAGGAGAAUCUCGCGGCGCAAUGACAUCCGAGCGUAAUGCUGAAAAAGCAAAGGAAACCACCAGUCGACGACGUUCUUGUGAUAAAACUGUAGAGACCCCGCAAAUGAAGGCUGUUCGAGCAAAGGCACUACAUACAUUAAAUGCCAAGAAUAAAUAUUCUCCCUCGUCGCCAGAAGCUCCGUAUGAAAAGAUAGUGGGAAAUAAAAGAAAAAUCUCAUCAAGAAGCCUUCCCUCAAAGAUAAGGGAUGAUAAAUCAGUGACAGCUCGGGAUAAAAAUGAUAAUAAAGUAACAUUCACGCCACAAAUGCAGGUUCUUCUUGCAAAAAUCGAGCAUAGAAAUUUAAGCACGCCUAGUCAAAAUAAAACAUCAAAGGAAGAUGCUAAGAAUAAGGAAGAAAGUUUGAAUGCCGCAAAUCAGAAGUCAACGAAAAUGUGGGAGAAACGAGAGAAAAAUAUAGGAAAUCGACAAAGUAUUGCUCGGAAUAAGCACAAUAUUGAGCAAUGUAACAUGAAACAAAAUGCUCAGGAAUUACAUAAUCAAAAUUCUUCAAGAGAAAGAGGAGGAAAGUCGUUGCCAAAGAAAAAUUUGGCAAAAGAACGUAUGCAAAGAAUAAGAAGAAAUUUGGAUAUUGAUAAGGAAAAAUUUCAGGAAAUGUAUAAUGCUGAUUUAGUUAGCAGGAAAGCUCCGCAGCAAAAGUUCAGCAAAAAUUUACCCAAUUCAUCUAUUGUUUUUGUGUUUACAGACAAUGACUGCUUAGGAUCAAGGUUUUAUAGAAAUGUUGACGUACGACUUAAGAGGUUACAUAACAGAAUCUUAAAAGAUGCAGUAUACGAAAGAAAUGUUACAUCAAACGAUAAAUCGCAGAGUCAACAAAGUAAAGGACCCGAUAUCCAAAUUAUGACAAAAGAUAAGUUAAUAGAACAGGGUAAGCAAGAAGUUCUAUAUGAAGAGAUGGAUUGGGAACCAAUGAAAGACGAAGAAAUUGCCUUUGAGGUAGAAGUUGUUAGAACACAACUUGUUGUUAAAGAAAGUAUAGAUAUAGAUAAAGCAAACUGUAUAUCAGAAAAUACUGCAGAGUUGACGCAGCCUAACAAAACGGAAUCGCACAAGAGAGGUCCACUCUAUAUUGUUGUCGAUACAAAUGUAUUCUUAUCAAAUUUAGACAUAAUUGAACAAGCUCGAGACGCAGUUUUUAAAAAUUACCCACGUCCAUUCAUUGUAAUUCCAUGGACGGUAAUAUGUGAGCUAGACUAUUUUAAGGAUAAUAAAGCUAAAUAUGAAUUAUCAAUAAAAGCUAGGAAAGCUAUAUCUUUCAUUCACGAUCAAUUUGCCUCUAAACAUCCACGUGUCAUUGGACAAACACGAGAACAGGUAGCAAAAAAUAAAGAAGAUUUUUGUUUAACUUGUCCUGAUGAUGAAAUACUUCAGUGUUGCUUACAGAUAUCCAAUUUACAAAAAUCUGUGGUCUUAUUGUCUUAUGACAAAAAUCUCUGCACUAAAGCGAUGAUAUAUAACAUAAUAGCAUUAGGACGUAAUGAUCCUCUUGAAAAAAUAGAUCCUCUUGAUGAAGAUGGUGCAGUCAACCGAUUGAAUAAUAGUUCUGUUGAAAAUUUUCUCUUCAACGAACAUUUACAUUUAGUGGAUGAUAUUUUUGAGGAUACAAAAUUGAUUAUGAAAAACUUUUUAUCAACGAUUAUCACGAAACAAAUGUCAGAGAUUUUUGGAGAAGUAGAAUGGAAGAUAUAUGUCAUUAUAAAGCCACCAUGGACUAUAGUAACUGCAUUGAAAUGUGCUAUGAAACACUGGAUUGCUGCGAUUAACGAAUCAUUCCACAGACGUGCUGAAUACAUUUUGAAAGAAUUACAUGAUGCUUUUGUAUAUGUACCAGUUGGUGGUAGAAAAUUGCGCGAUGUGGAAUAUGUUAUAGAAAAGAGCAGCGACUUGGUACAAAUGGUUAAUGCUGAUAAGCACUGUGAUCUCGUGACACAAACGUUCAAUGCUCUUAUAGAACUCAAGAAGAAGUGUGAAAAAUAUAUCGCUAGUAUUGACCUAAGAAAAUUACACGAUAAAAUAGGCAUCGCGGAAAAUGUUCAAGAACAAGAAAUGAGAUCGGAGAAAGCAUUCCAAGCCUUCCAACAUAUUUAUAAUUACGCGCGUGACAUAUGUGGUUUGGCGUGCAGCAAUGCGGGGAUGGCAUGUUCCUUUGCCUUCAAAUCUAUGAAUGGGGCAUUAUAUACACCAUCAUGUGUACAACGUUUGCAACCAGAAAUUACGAAAAAAGUAACUGAUUUGACACAGAAUCUGAAUAAGUCACUGGUGCAGGUUGAAAAUUCUAUAAAACAUCAGACGUUGCUUAGUUUACAGCAAAAUUUAAAUACAUUUCUGCCUGACAUAGAGAGAAUAACAUUUGACGUGACACCUUUGGAUGUAUAUUAUUGUGUCAAAUUAAAAGAAGAAGCGUUAAAGACUGGAUUAAGGCAACUACAAGAAUUAACUUCGCAUUUCUGUGCAUUAGCUACGCAUACAUAAUUGUAUGUAUGUUGUAAUUUAUGUUCUUAAAAUUUAAAGAUAUAUAUUAAGAUAUUUAUAAAAAUGUAUAUACAUAAUUUUUUUAAUAUAUUUUAACGAAAUAAAGAUUAUUUUAGUUUUAAGAGUAACUAAUAUCAAUGGUAUCAAUGAAAAUUAUUGUACCUGUACUUUUUUUUGGGCACAAAUAUUUGUCUUUCGUCAAUUAUUGUGCAUUGUGAAAAGUGUAUUCAUUGAAGAAAAAAUAAAGUUUCGUAUUUUGUUAUCACGUA